AUGGAUGAUGGAAUACGGAAGAACGCGCAAAGGGCCGCUGCCAGGAGGUCGAGAGCGAGAGGUGCUGCACGACCACCCAUCAACCCCUCGCAUCCACCAUCCCCACCAUCUGGCUUGGUGUCGGCAGGGUCUUCGCGGGCCCAGCAAUCGGCACCCGCCACUGGUGGAGUACGCCGCAUGCGAUGGACACUCAAAAUGAAUACCAACGCACUGUGGGCGUAUUUUAGGGCGAAAGGGGGAGAAGUUGGAGGUUUGGUAUAUCGGGCUAGGAUGCAUCGUCUUUUUGCUGAGCUGGAGCCAUCUAUAACCGUCACCGAGCAAAACCAGGCAGAACGAGUUCGGUAUAUCUCGCGCUCAAAUAUAUUUGAUGUUGCCGAACUCGAACGGCUACGACGUGAGGCUGUUCCUUCAUCGGGUGAAAAUGCUACGGCUGAGGAUGCGGCGCCACAACUUGCAGAGCAAACAGCAAACGUGGAUGCCGCCGUGAAUACCCCAGUUGUGGUUGAUUCAAACGAUGAUGGAACAAUCGCCCAGGAACUGGAACUAGAGCAAAUGAGGAGUACAUUGGAAGAGGCGAUUGUGGAAACGCGCAGUACGCCUCUCGAAAAUCGACCGCGACUUCCUCGCAUAUCCCUAAGCAUCGUGUCGUGA